AUGCCCGAGUUUGUCAAACACUUCAUGAUCCUCUUGGUCGGCGAAGACCUCUACAAGAUUGGUAUAAUGGCAGUGGAAUCACGCUACGUGCUUCCAGGGAAUCACGAGAGCCUUGCAGCAUUCUUUCAAAACCACGUCCACCACCGAGACCUCGACAGGAGUAUGUACACAUGGGCCAUUUAUCGCGAACUAAAGUCCUUGAACAAGAAGGUUGUCAAACUAAAAGGACGCGCCCAGCAUUGGAUACCCAUCUACUUGGGUUUCUUUGGCCUUGGUGGAAUUGAAGUCGAGGAAGAAUCGCUGACCGAGCACAAUCGAAAAUUGAGAGGCUACUACAUGGUGGGAACGGCACGAAACCUAUUCAACAUCCCCAGCAUGAGAGAUCGCAGCGAGCUUGAUGCCUUGGGACUAGGCCCCUGGAUCGAGAGGUUCUAG